CUCUCAGAGUCCCCGAUCCCAUCCGAUUAUUUAUCUGUACACACUCUCUGCGAUGAUGAGAAAAAUGUGAGUUCUUUUCAAGAAAAUUACUCGAGACUUCAUCGUGAAUUAAUUUAUUAAAUUAAUCCUCGUAACUCCAAAUAAAAAUGGAAACCACGACCCUUUUUGAUUUCGAGAUGCUCCUCUUGAUCCUCUUUAUCUGUGUCAUCACGGCGAUCGGGGUUUAUUUCCUAUCAAUUUUUGGCGUUAAAGAAAAGUCCUAUGAAGAAGCUAUAGCAGAGCAGAAGAAACGUUCGGAAGAGUUGUUGGGAAAGCCGCCACAGAAGAAGAUUAAGUUAAAUAAGGAUAAGGUUGUUAAAUCAGCGAAGAAAGUGGGGAAGAAUCAACAGAGGAAGGUUGUUAAAGAUUUGGAGGUGGUGGAAGGGUUGGUGGAGGAUGUUCUUGGUGAGGAGGUGACAGAGGAGAAGUUGGUCAGUAAGAAACACAUUGAAAUCGUGGAGGAGCCGGAGGUGUUGGAGCUCCCCCAGGAGAACCUCCGCCGGCCCUCCCUCUGCACCGCAACGCCGAAGAAAUCAAUCCUCUCAAAAUCCGAUCCUUCCCCUUCGCCGCCGCCUCCUGCACCCACGACGGAAAAUACAGAAGACGAACCCCUGAACCACUUUGAAACGAUUCACCCAAAAGACGACGUAGAACUCAAAUUGGAAAAAUUGCCAAGGAAAAUUCCCAAAAAAUCUACUCCACCAUCACAAAACACCACCUCCCCUCCUCCCACCACCCUCCUGCAACAAAUAACGACGACCCCGCUGACCCCCACAGAACUCCAAUCCCUAAUCGAAGCCUUGUUAAACAAACAAACUCCAAACUGGACCCCGACAUCCCCCACGUCGAAAGACUCUCUAAAAAAGCAACUCCAAAUAAAAGACGGUCAAAUCUCGGAAUUAGAAUCAAACUUAUCCAGUUUGACCCAAAAACUGGGUCAAAUCCGUUUGGAAUCGAGUGGGGAGAAAUCAAAACUGCUCCAAAUGAAGAAACAACUCGAGGAAAUAUUGAAUUCGAAACAGUUGGAAAUUCAAAAUCUGCAGCAAAGAUUUCGCCAAUUGUCGGAAGUCUCGAUUUCCAAGGAGAAUGAUUUACAGAAAAGUUUGCUGAUUUAUAAACAGCGCUGCGUGGAGGUUGGGGAUGAGAGCGAGAGGAUCAAGGGGGAGGUCGGGAGGAGGGAUGUGGAGUGGAGGGGGAAGGUCGAGAGUUUAGAGAGGGAGGUGGGUGCCUUGAAGGCGCAGUAUGGCAAGCAGGGAAACCAGCUCGCCUCGGCCUUCCAAUCGAACGAGGACCUCACCGGCCAACUCCGCGGGAUGACAUUAAAACUGACGAAUCUAGAGGGACAAAUCCACUCGAUGGAUUUAAUAAUUCAGGAAAAAGAUAUGGAAAUUCGAGAAAUUUCUAAAAAAAUGGACACGGAAAACGAUAAGGAGCACGCUCGAUUGAUUUUAAAUUUAGCCACGAUGGAGAAAAACUUAGAAGAUUUACAGAGAAAAUACGACGAUGGGAUUAAAAAUGAAAUGAAUUUAAAGAAAAUUAUCGAUAAUUUAAAUCAAGAUUUAAUUAAGGAGAAGAUUUUAGAGGGGGAAAUUAGGGAGGAGGGAGGGAGGAGGGUGGGGGGCUUGGAGGUGGAGUUGGAGGGGGUUAAUAGGAAGAAUGAGGAACUCCGUGAGAAGAACGUGAAACUAUUGGAAUCCUUAAAGAUGAGUGAGAAGCAGUUGGAGGAGAAGUUGGGGGUUGUCGUGGAGGAGAGGAAGCAAUUGGUGAGGAUGGUCAGUGAUUUGGUGGGGUUGGACGUGGAGUCCCCCACCUUCCCAACGGACUUUGUUGAAAAAUACCCCACCCAGCCACCACCCGAACAGACUCCAGAUCCAAAACUGACUGAAAUUACACAAAAAUUAAGCGAAGCAGAGGAAAAAUCUAAAAAAUUAGGGGAUGAAGUUGAGCAUUAUCAGAGGGUUUUGGCGAGCACGGAGCACCUCCUGGCCUCGCUCCAGUCGUCCAUCGAGACGGAGGAGACCAAGUGGUUGGCGAAGUUGGCGGAAAAGGAUGCAAAAUUAGAACAAGUCUUAGCCAAAGUUAAUAAUCUCAAUAAUGGACUCAAUGGGGGGGGAGAACCCCAUCCCUCCACGGAAUCCUUGGACAAUGACACCCCCGCGACACCGUCAUCUCCACCGAGUGUAGAAAUAGAUUCCUCCUCUUCCCCCUCACCAUCGACGAAAUCUCAACAACAACAAAACGACAAUUCCCUGAUUGAAAAGAAGAAAAAGAAAAAAGUCCUUGGGUUUUUUUCUAAAUAGUUUUUUUUUUAAAUUUAUUUAUUAUUUUAGGUGCUCUGUUUUUAAUAAUUAAAUUGUGCAGCAUUCCAAUUCCUAAAUAAAUAAAGAAUAUUUCAUGUAAAAAGAAAUCAGUUUGAGAAUAAAUCGAUGGAGUGGAGAGAGAGA